GAGGCGUUGGCGUUGCUUUUGAAAUUAAAAAUCCGAGUUCKCACAGAAAAARAGAGAAGCAAAGCMUUUUCCUGCACCUGCUCGAYAGAUUGAUAUCACCAUGACAGACGCAACUCAAACGCUCCUCGUUGUCCUUGGGGUUACUKGGCUUGCAAUGGUGGCCACCUUGUUGAUUCCGAGUCUGUCCGUGCMAACACACAGCUUUAGUGCAAGGAGUGAUCUGGAAAUGGACGCGCAUCAUUUGCUCAGAAGUKCCAAGAAAGAUAGUGCAAAGAGCAGGAAACGCCGUGGUUCACGAGCCAUAACGAUCGAAAACCUUCCUGCUGUUGCUGCUGCGGCCCUUARUGUUYCGACGAGCGAAAAAAUCCUUUCCAAUGACGACGUGGACUAUCAAUCGAUAAUCGAAAAAUGGCAAAUGCCAAAAGAGGCAAUAUCUCUCCUAAGAGACGUGCGUUCGAGACCGGUUGGCUUUGACUACAACCGAGAAACUGACAUUCUAGCUCUGCGGCACCCGCUCAAGACAGGAGGAACGUCUUUCUCGAUGAUGAUGAARGAAAUAUUCGGAGAUGGGGUGAUGCCGGGGUCCGGAAAAUCACAGUGGUUCAAAAGGCAAGAUUUUGAGAAGGCCUUGCAGGAGCACCCACCCGAGAUAGAUCCGAACUAUUGGCGAAAUAUCACUGCCUUUUAUACUCAUUCAUUCCUGCGUGAAACCGACGAAAACAAWAAUCUACUGAASGAACUCCGCGCGAGGGUACCAGUUCUCGAAGAAAAAAAGUUUCGAUUGAUGACGAUCGUUCGUAGACCCUUGGAUCUAGCGGCUUCGAGUUUUUGGGAAACAAAAUGUCGCAUAGGAACAUACUCAGGGUCGAGAGGGAUCAGGGAUGCAGAAAUUUGUCCCACAGUGAAUCUGACAGCGAUCUCGGAACAAAUGAGGCAGGAAAAACAAGAAUGUCUUGCAGGGACGAGGGAAAAGAGGUGUGGCUUUUUGCUCAAGAAAAMAGAACRUUUUUUYGAGKUUUGUGGCUCYCUUGAUACCAUGCUGGAGAGGGGCGGMGCACACAACCAACUAUACCAAAGUUUGAUGGGAUUCCUACCAGAACCACCCGAGUUCGAAAGGAGUAUGACGCCAACACUAAAGGACGUCGCGAUCUAUWCGAUCCAAGACCUUGGAGGUCUGAUGGAUGUACAUAAAAAAUACAAGGAAGAUAUUAUUAUGUUUUUGAUCACCGAACGAAUGAAAGAAAGCCUGUGCCUAUUUCACUACCAUUUUAAAAUUGAACCUGUCAAAGAGAGACAUGCCCUGUAAGUWAUGUCUGGUUGCUGUUUGGAGCAAAAUCUUUCGUAAAUGUCUGACACAAACAUACUUCUUUUGAUUUUUUUCCUUCCGCRCGAAUGAAAACGGAAAUGGUGGUACAGUUACAAACAUUGCCGACCAUUACGAAUAUGGGAAGAGAGACACAAGCGAAUCGUCGAAGAAAGGGAGCAGUUCGAUUAUACGGUGUGGCGUGCUGCGAAUAGCGUCAUGGAUGUACGGAUGGCGGCCAUGAGGUUGGAGAUCAAGGGUCGCAUCGACGCAGGAGAAUCACUCGAUGAAAUUCCGUUCCUCGGACAGGGUUGCUACGACGACACAACGAUAUCAAGCACGUGAUUUUAUUUCGCWAUAGAUGUAUAAAUAAAGUCCUUUUUA